AGCCUUAGCAACUUACAAUCCGAAGCACCCACGGGAACGGGGCAACGCGUUACAGAGCGGUUCAAAGCCGAAAGAGAACUUCCGUGACUGCGAAAGGGGGGCGCUAGAUAAUUUUGUCUCUCUCACUCCCCCCGUUUCAGGGUGGUUCCUCCGGGUGGCACCAGUCGCUGCUGGAAGAGGCGGGACCGGGUCUUCCUGAGGCUGCCCCCGGCUCCGGCGUCCCUGCUGCUGCUGUUGCUGCCGCCGCCACCGUCGACGUAAAUCCCGGCCCCUUCAAGCCUAGUCUCGCCCGGCCCCGGGUUUCCCCUCAGACAAGUCUCAUGGCGUACAGCCAGGGAGGCGGCAAGAAGAAAGUCUGUUACUACUAUGACGGUGAUAUUGGGAACUAUUAUUAUGGACAGGGGCACCCAAUGAAGCCUCACAGGAUUCGCAUGACACACAACUUGUUGCUAAAUUAUGGCUUGUACAGAAAAAUGGAAAUUUAUCGGCCCCACAAAGCUACAGCAGAAGAAAUGACGAAAUACCACAGUGAUGAGUACAUAAAAUUUCUUCGCUCAAUUAGACCCGACAAUAUGUCUGAAUAUAGUAAACAAAUGCAAAGAUUUAACGUGGGGGAAGACUGUCCUGUGUUUGAUGGGCUGUUUGAAUUCUGUCAGCUGUCAACAGGAGGCUCUGUGGCUGGAGCAGUAAAAUUAAACAGACAACAAACAGACAUGGCCGUUAAUUGGGCUGGAGGACUUCAUCAUGCUAAGAAGUCAGAAGCAUCAGGUUUCUGCUAUGUCAAUGAUAUUGUGCUUGCCAUUCUGGAAUUACUAAAAUACCACCAAAGAGUAUUGUACAUUGAUAUUGAUAUCCAUCACGGUGAUGGCGUUGAAGAAGCAUUUUACACAACUGAUCGUGUAAUGACAGUAUCAUUCCAUAAAUAUGGUGAAUAUUUCCCUGGCACAGGCGAUUUGAGAGACAUAGGUGCUGGAAAAGGCAAAUACUAUGCUGUCAACUUUCCAAUGAGAGAUGGAAUAGAUGAUGAGUCAUAUGGUCAGAUAUUUAAGCCAAUUAUUUCCAAAGUCAUGGAGAUGUACCAACCUAGUGCUGUGGUGUUGCAGUGUGGGGCAGAUUCACUGUCUGGUGACAGGCUGGGAUGUUUUAACCUUACCGUCAAAGGACAUGCUAAAUGUGUAGAAGUUGUGAAGACUUUCAACUUGCCUCUUCUGAUGCUUGGAGGAGGUGGAUAUACCAUACGGAACGUUGCUCGAUGUUGGACCUAUGAGACUGCUGUUGCCUUAGAUUGCGAAAUCCCUAAUGAAUUGCCAUACAAUGACUACUUUGAGUAUUUUGGACCAGAUUUCAAGCUGCAUAUUAGCCCUUCAAAUAUGACAAACCAGAACACCCCAGAAUAUAUGGAGAAGAUUAAACAGCGUUUGUUUGAGAACUUGCGCAUGUUGCCCCAUGCCCCAGGUGUACAGAUGCAGGCUAUUCCUGAAGAUGCUGUUCAUGAAGACAGUGGUGAUGAAGAUGGUGAAGAUCCAGACAAACGUAUUUCUAUUCGUGCAUCAGAUAAGCGAAUAGCCUGUGAUGAAGAAUUUUCUGAUUCUGAAGAUGAAGGGGAAGGUGGACGCAGAAAUGUUGCAGAUCAUAAGAAAGGAGCAAAGAAAGCCCGACUAGAAGAAGACAAAAAAGAAACAGAAGAUAAAAAAGCAGACAUUAAAGAGGAAGAUAAAUCCAAGGAUAGCAGUGGUGAGAAAGCAGAUACCAAAGGCACAAAGUCAGAACAGCUCAACAAUCCUUGAAUGUAGAGACUCACAUCAAUUAAAGGACACAAUACAAAAGUGGGGGGGAAAGUUAAAAGGAACUUUUCAUAUGAGAAGAGACUCUUGAUUUUCAUUUUGUACUAUUUGGCAUGGAGCGUAUUUAUUUUCAAACAACUGUGUUUUUGUUUUUGGCAAGUUGUAUUGUGAGUUUUCUAAUUAUGAUGCAAAAUUUUGUUCCUUCCGCCAGGCUUUAAGUAAUAGUAUUCAAAAUGGAUGUGCUAUUAUGUUAGACGUCUAAAUGAUCUAUUAAAAUUUGCCUUUUCCUGAACUGAUUUUACCCCUUUUUGUAAUUAUAUCUUUAUUAAAAAAAAUGUACUC